AAUCGACUUCGUGGCGCGAGGAUGCUCGAAAAUAUAAGGAUCGAUGGUUGCUGAUCGUACAUCGCUAGUAUAAAAAGGAGGUUCUCAUCGACCGAUCCUCCAUUUUCAACUUGGUCAGCGGAAUGUCUCAUCGAAAGUUCAGCGCGCCUCGUCACGGGUCUAUGGGGUUCUACCCCAAGAAAAGAUCCCAAAGGCAUCGUGGAAAAGUAAAGGCUUUCCCCAAGGAUGACCCAAGCAAACCUGUUCAUCUUACAGCAUUUAUUGGUUACAAAGCUGGUAUGACCCAUGUUGUCCGAGAAGCUGAUCGUCCAGGAUCUAAGGUAAACAAGAAGGAAAUUGUCGAAGCUGUGACAAUCCUGGAGACCCCCCCAAUGAUUGUGGUUGGUGUGGUUGGAUACAUUGAAACUCCUCAUGGUCUUCGAGCACUUACCACAGUUUGGGCUGAGCAUCUUUCCGAGGAAUGUCGCCGCCGCUUCUACAAGAACUGGUACAAAAGCAAGAAGAAGGCUUUCACCAAGGCUUCGAAGAAAUGGCAAGAUGAUCUUGGUCGUAAGUCCAUUGAAAAGGAUCUGAAGAAAAUCGUGAAAUACUGCAAGGUCGUUCGUAUCAUCGCUCACACUCAGAUGAAGUUGUUGAAGCAACGUCAAAAGAAGGCCCAUAUCAUGGAAAUUCAAUUGAAUGGUGGUACUAUUGAACAAAAAGUACAGUGGGCUCGUGAACAUCUUGAAAAGCCAGUACCCGUUAACAACGUCUUUGCAUCUGAUGAGAUGAUUGAUGUCAUUGGUGUCACCAAGGGUAAAGGAUACAAAGGUGUCACGUCUCGUUGGCACACAAAGAAACUUCCUCGCAAGACACAUAAGGGUUUGAGAAAAGUGGCCUGCAUUGGAGCAUGGCAUCCCAGUCGUGUCUCAUUCACUGUGGCCCGGGCUGGUCAAAAGGGAUACCAUCACCGUACUGAGAUGAACAAGAAAAUCUACCGUAUUGGACAAGGCAUCCACACUAAAGAUGGAAAGGUCGUCAAAAACAACGCGUCUACAGAGUACGACUUGACCGAAAAAACCAUCACCCCAAUGGGAGGUUUCCCCCACUACGGUGAAGUUAACAAUGACUACGUUAUGCUGAAGGGAUGUUGUAUGGGUCCAAAAAAACGUAUAAUCACCUUGCGUAAGUCACUCCUGGUACACACCAAGCGUGCUGCGCUUGAAAAGAUCAACUUGAAAUUCAUCGAUACGAGCUCCAAGUUUGGUCACGGACGCUUCCAAACUGCGGCAGACAAGGCGUCCUUCAUGGGUCAACUCAAGAAGGAUCGUAUCCGCGAAGAAGCGGCUCAAUCGGCUACUGCCGCUCCGGCAGCUCCUGCAGCACAAUAAUUAUUUGUUGUACAGUUGUCGAAAAAUGAGAUAAAUAAAAACAUUUAAAAUGAAACCAAAAA